ACAAGAGCCAGAAGGGGAAAAAAGACGAAAAAAAAAGAGAAGAGGAUUGAUCACUUUCCCGAAGCUUGAGAGACUCGAGGCGGGCUCUGUAUCCGAGCGAGAAAAGCUCUCUACUCUCUAGAUCAGCUUUCUUUUUCUAAAAUUUUUUAGAUGUUUCCCCGUGCCACCUCCGAGCAAUGACCCCCCUCAGUCUCACAGUCACUCCGUUCUCUUCCAGCACGCGUUCCUAUCUCAAGCCUACUCUCUUCCCUCCACUUACUCCCUUCCGACCUUCCCUGUCCACCCUUAAACCUCCUUCUCCCCGCACCAAACUGAAGAAGAGGAUCCGUUAUGGGUCGUGUAGAGCGGAGUUCUCUCACGAUGCACCGUUCGCUGCUGCCAUCGGCGCUUGUAUGCUCAACUCUCUUGUUUUUCCAGUCACCGAUAAAGGUCCAGAUAAUGACAGUGAUUCGGUGUUUGAUUUGUCCGACACGAGGUUCUCGAUCAUGGGGAUCAUCAGCUUUAUCCCUUACUUCAAUUGGUUGAGUUGGGUGUUUGCGUGGCUUGAUAGUGGGAAGAGGCGUUAUGCAGUAUAUGCAAUUGUAUACUUGGCUCCAUACCUAAGGUCAAACUUGUCAUUGUCCCCUGAGGAGAGUUGGCUGCCUAUUGCCAGCAUUGUAUUCUGCAUCAUUCACAUUCAGCUGGAAGCAAGCAUAAAAGAUGGAGAUAUUCAGGGCUUUCAAUUAUUUAGCAAGGCUGAAAAGCACCUUUCAUCAAUGGCUAGAAAGAAGGAUCAUUCACAUGGGCAAGAAGGAAUUUCUGAGGAGGGGAGAAAAACGGAGAAGACCAAUCUGCUAUCUGCUGAAGAGCAAUCAAGAAAUGACAUCCCAAGGUGGGGAGUUCCCAAAAAGUCAUCAGGAGAUCGCGAACGCUCGAAUGGAGAUUGGCUUGAUGAUGAGAGGAAAGACUAGCAAGACAGUAACAAAGCAUUACAUACGUAUUCGGAUUUCGAUUGACCGUAAUGUAGACUUGGGGUGGAAGGGAGAGGGGGGGAGAGAGAGAGAGAGACUGAUGCCUUCUACUCGAGAAUCUGAAUAAGGUUGAAGCGCUUGGUCCACCUAUGUCAUGCCUUUUGUGUACUGUCUUCAUUGUUUAUUAUGUGAAAUGAUUUAUUUACGUCGAUAAUAUGCCGCAGUAACAUUUUACUGGA